CUUCUCUCUUUACCUCUUUAUUUUCCCUUAUCUCUUUCUCCCUCCAACUCUCUCUAAUGUCUCUAUAGUGAUUCUUAGCCAAUGAUCGGCUGGGGUUCAUCCAUUCCUCACCUUGCACCAAUCAGCCUUCACGCAGCGACAGACAGACAGAGACACGGGAGGGCGCGAGCUGAGCCAAAUGAGCUGAAACGAACACUCUCCUCGCCCACACAAUAACACCUCCCCCCUCUCCUCUCCACCGCGAGCGCCCCGGGAGGAGCCCUGUUAUACCGUCACCGUCGCGUGCCCCCCCUCCCGUCCUCCUCCCCUCCCGUCACUCACGGCUCGUCUUCGAGGACGCACGGAAGGCAUAGCGCGUGCCUUAUCAGUCUGCCCUCCCUCCCGUCUCUCCGCCAUUAUUCAUUAUUAUCCCCUUGUUUUUCUCCUGCUAGCCCCACAGGUCGCCACGGCGCUUUAGCCCGCUGGAGACUUCUACCCGUUUCCUGCCGUUUGGUUUUAACCCUGCGGGUAACGUUUACAGAGGAGAGGCAGCCCCCCUCCCUUUCCUCCUCUCCUCUCCUCCCCGUUGCUGCUCCCUGCCAGACAGAGACAGACAGACAUGCUGCUCCACGGUGGGUGCUCGCGCUUCCCGCCUCCUCUCCCCUCCGGGACCCGAGAGGUCUGCUGAGACCAUAAAGGGUUAACUAUCCUCCAGACUGACCAACGUGACCAGAGUGACGGGACCAGAGACUGACCACAACGCCACUUUCUCUAAUCGUGUUUCCUGUGGUCAUGUUCGAUCUGACCAGGUCCAUCUGUGUAGAGAACGGUCUAACCAGGUCCAUCUGUGUAGAGAACGGUCUGACCAGGUCCAGUGGUGUAGAGAACGGUUUAACCAGGUCCAUCUGUGUAGAGAACGGUCUGACCAGGUCCAGUGGUGUAGAGAACGGUCUGACCAGGUCCAGUGGUGUAGAGAACGGUCUGACCAGGUCCAGUGGUGUAGAGAACGGUCUGACCAGGUCAAGUGGUGUUGAGAACGGUCUGACCAGGUCCAUCUGUGUAGAGAACGAUCUGACCAGGUCCAUCUGUGUUGAGAACGGUCUGACCAGGUCCAUCUGUGUAGAGAACGGUCUGACCAGGUCCAGUGGGGUAGAGAACGGUCUGACCAGGUCCAGUGGGGUAGAGAACGGUCUGACCAGGUCCAUCUGUGUAGAGAACGGUCUGACCAGGUCCAGUGGGGUAGAGAACGGUCUGACCAGGUCCAGUGGGGUAGAGAACGGUCUGACCAGGUCCAGUGGUGUAGAGAACGGUCUGACCAGGUCCAGUGGGGUAGAGAACGGUUUAACCAGGUCCAGUGGUGUAGAGAACGGUUUGACCAGGUCCAGUGGUGUAGAGAACGGUCUGACCAGGUCCAGUGGUGUAGAGAACGGUCUGACCAGGUCCAUCUGUGUAGAGAACGGUUUAACCAGGUCCAGUGGUGUAGAGAACGGUCUGACCAGGUCCAGUGGUGUAGAGAACGGUCUGACCAGGUCCAUCUGUGUAGAGAACGGUUUGACCAGGUCCAGUGGUGUAGAGAACGGUCUGACCAGGUCCAGUGGUGUAGAGAACGGUCUGACCAGGUCCAUCUGUGUAGAGAACGGUCUGACCAGGUCCAGUGGUGUAGAGAACGGUCUGACCAGGUCCAGUGGUGUAGAGAACGGUCUGACCAGGUCCAGUGGGGUAGAGAACGGUCUGACCAGGUCCAUCUGUGUAGAGAACGGUCUGACCAGGUCCAGCGGUGUAGAGAACGGUCCGACCAGGUCCAGUGGUGUAGAGAACGGUCUGACCAGGUCCAGUGGUGUAGAGAACGGUCUGACCAGGUCCAGUGGGGUAGAGAACAGUUUGACCAGGUCCAUCUGUGUAGAGAACGGUCUGACCAGGUCCAUCUGUGUAGAGAACGGUCUAACCAGGUCCAUCUGUGUAGAGAACGGUCUGACCAGGUCCAGUGGUGUAGAGAACGGUCUGACCAGGUCCAGUGGUGUAGAGAACGGUCUGACCAGGUCCAGUGGUGUAGAGAACGGUCUGACCAGGUCCAGUGGGGUAGAGAACGGUCUGACCAGGUCCAGUGGUGUAGAGAACGGUCUAACCAGGUCCAUCUGUGUAGAGAACGGUCUGACCAGGUCCAGUGGGGUAGAGAACGGUCUGACCAGGUCCAUCUGUGUAGAGAACGGUCUGACCAGGUCCAUCUGUGUUGAGAACGGUCUGACCAGGUCCAUCUGUGUAGAGAACGGUUUGACCAGGUCCAGUGGUGUAGAGAACGGUCUGACCAGGUCCAGUGGUGUAGAGAACGGUCUGACCAGGUCCAGUGGUGUAGAGAACGGUCUAACCAGGUCCAGUGGUGUAGAGAACGGUUUGACCAGGUCCAGUGGUGUAGAGAACGGUCUGACCAGGUCCAGUGGUGUAGAGAACGGUCUAACCAGGUCCAGUGGUGUAGAGAACGGUUUGACCAGGUCCAGUGGUGUAGAGAACGGUCUGACCAGGUCCAGUGGUGUAGAGAACGGUUUGACCAGGUCCAGUGGGGUAGAGAACGGUCUGACCAGGUCCAUCUGUGUAGAGAACGGUCUGACCAGGUCCAUCUGUGUAGAGAACGGUUUCAGUCAAUACGACCACAGCGUUCACAGCCACUCCUCAACCACACACGGUCAGUGCUGUGCGGUCACCAUGGACGGUUGCGGUCUAACCCCGGUCUUGGACUAUACGGCUGAGAUGGAGCGAUACCGAUCUUUUGCUAACUUCUAUGCUAAAACUAACGUGAACAUGAACGCUGUUAACAGCAUGAAUUUCCCUCAGUCGGCCAAGCUUGCCCGUAUCACUCCUCCCAUGUUCCCCGGCGGCAGGCUUGGGGUGGGCGUAGCGGGAGUGACGCCGUGGGGUUGCCAUGAUAACGUCAACAUGAACAUCAAUGCAGCGGCGAUGCUGUGGGGGCGGAAACCUCCAGUACAUCAGGCCACACCCCUGGCUCCUCCCACAACGCACCCGUCGCCCUUGGCAACGCACAUGCAGCCCCACCCCCACCGGACCGGCGGCGGAGACGGGAAGCAGCACGGAGGACAUGGAGGACACGCCUCCUCCUCACAGGGACAGGAAACUCAUCAUCACCACGGGAAUAACAACUUCCUGUCGAGUUACACAGCCACCGAUCACAUGACCAAACAAGGCCACACCCACCAGGACAUGCUCAGCCUAUCAGAUCGCAACAGCAGCUGCAAUGGAGGAGGAGGAGGAGCCAACGGGGUCAACAUGUCAAACUUCCCCGCUGGAAUGUUGGGGUUACCACCCGGGGUCAUCGUCAUGGCGAUGGGGUCGCACAAUGGCGUCAACAUUCCGGACUCCUCCCACUUCCAGAUGGCGACCAACCACAACCAGAUGCUAUCGGACUGCCACCACGCCAACCAGACUACCUCGUCCCCCUGCCCCUCGACUUCCCCGGGGAUGACCUCUGGGGGUCAGGGGUCAGGAGCCUCCAAGAGGAAGAGGAAGCGGUGUGGAGUGUGUGCUCCCUGCAGACGGCUGAUUAACUGUGGGGUGUGUUCAGCCUGUAGAAACAGGAAGACAGGUCAUCAGAUCUGUAAGUUCAGGAAGUGUGACGAACUGAAGAAGAAGGCUGGGAGUAUACAGCUAGAGAGUCCUCCCUCGGUGCCCAGUGGAGAAGCUUUCAGAUGGUUCUUCUAGAGGUCGAACAACAACUCUUGAAAAGCUGAAGAUGUGAAAAGGAUAACUACUGCUACUCUAUAACUAGUCUAUAACUAGUCUAUAACUAGUCUAUAACUAGUAACUUGUUUCAGUUCUUCACCUCGUGACUGGUUCCUCUCUUACCAUAGAAAUAGAGUCUAUAGAACUGCCUCCCCCCCCCUUCCCCUUCCCCCAGUCAGUGAUGUCGUGAUGGGGCCCGAGAUUCUGUCUCUAUACUCUCUACCUCCUUUCACACACACACACACACACACACACACACACACAAAAAAAUAAAAAAAUAUUCUGACUCUUCCUCAAUUUAGCCCAGUUAGUCCGAUGUGUUUUUAGGACAUGCAGUACAUCACUUGCAGUGGAGCAGAAAACCUUUAGAACCCAGGAAGUUCCUCUCAUGUUCUGACGUUUACAACUACAAACCCGACUGGAGCUGUCACUGAACGUUUCCGGGAAAACAUUUAAGUUUGUGUGUUCAAAUGGCACCUUGUUCCCUGUAACGUUUGAAUUUUACAUAUACUGUAUUAUGUAGUGCGUUAUACUUACGCUAUAUAGUGCAUUACUUUGAAUGUAGUGCACUGUGGAGGGAAUAGGAUGCUGUUUGGGACCCUUUUCGUUGAAUACGCCCCUCCUCUCUAACUGGCUGGGACCCUUUCAUUGAAUACGCCCCUCCUCUCUAACUGGCUGACCCCCUCAUUGAAUACGCCCCUCCUCUCUAACUGGCUGGGACCCUUUCAUUGAAUACGCCCCUCCUCUCUAACUGGCUGGGACCCUUUCAUUGAAUACGCCCCUCCUCUCUAACUGGCUGGGACCCUUUCAUUGAAUACGCCCCUCCUCUCUAACUGGCUGGGACCCUUUCGUUGAAUACGCCCCUCCUCUCUAACUGGCUGUCGCAUGGAUUAUAACGUGUUUUGUUUUUUGAAAGGUUACAAAACGUUUGUAUAUUGACGUCGUGAUUCCUCCAUGUGUCGAGUAAUAAAAUGGUUUUAAAUAA